CUAUUCUUGCAUGAGGAAAGCAAUCGGAAGGAGCCGAUUCUUUGUAUAUACCUGUACGUUAUAAAGGACUGGCUCCUCUCCUAUAGAGGAUCCUGGUCCCCUUUACAUGGCCUCACUGAACUUUCUUUAAGCAGUGCCCAAUGCCUGGUCCGUUGGCUUCUCCAUCUGCUUUACAUCUUCCUUAAUUCUACGCUCCCAACACCUCUCAUCACUACUUCAACAGCGGGUUUCAGCAUCACUCGAUUCACCGACAACAAAUGGCUGAGGGAGUUCUCUUAAACGUUGCUGCGAGCAUCAUUACGAGUUCAGGAUCUCUUGCUCUCCAAGAGAUUGGACUGCUCUGUGGUUUCAAAGAUGAGCUUCAGAAGCUCGGGAACACGGUUUCCACCAUCCAAGCUGUGCUUUUGGAUGCAGAGGAGCAGCAGGCCCACAACCAUGCGGUCAAAGAUUGGCUUGGAAAGCUCAAGGAUGCCAUGUACGAAGCCGACGACUUGCUCGAUGACUUCUCCACUGAACUUCUACGGCGACAAGUCAUGGCAGGGGAUAACAAGGCAAAACAGGCACGCAUCUUCUUUUCCAAAUCAAACCAGCUUGUUUAUGGCCUUAAAAUGGGUCAUAAGAUCAAGGCAGUUAGAGCAAAACUGAAUGACAUCGCAGAGGAUAGGAAGAAAUUUAGCUUCACUCCACGCCUUAUAGAGACACAGCUUGGGCAUAGGAGGAGAGAAGAUACACACUCUUUUGUACCUGAGGAAGAAGUCAUUGGGAGAGAGGACGAAAAGAAGGCUAUUAAAGCGUUGUUAUUUGAUUCCAAUGUGAAAGAGUAUGUUUCCAUCAUUCCCAUAGUUGGGAUUGGUGGACAAGGAAAGACCACGCUUGCUCAGUAUGUGUACAAUGACGAGGAGGUCCAAAGACAUUUUGAUUUAAGGCUGUGGGCAUGUGUCUCUGAUCCUUUUGACUUAAAAACUAUUGUUCAAAAGCUCAUUGAAUCUGCAACUAAGAAGAAACCUGAAAGUCUUGUGAUAGAUCCGUUGCAAAGUGAGCUUCGAGUAACAAUUGGUGAGAAGCGAUACUUACUUGUCUUAGACGAUGUAUGGAAUGACAAUUCUAAUGAUUGGUCCCGCUUGAAAAAUCUGUUGCUGGGUGGCCUGAGGGGAAGCAAAGUUUUGAUUACUACACGUAUCGAAAAAGUUGCAAAGCUUACUGGUACAAUUUCACCAUACCGUUUGGGAGGUUUAUCUGAAAAUAAUUCUUGGAAUUUAUUUAAGAAAAUGGCAUUUAAAGAUGGGGAAGAGCCAAAGAAUCCAAAGCUAGUGGAAAUUGGAAAGGAGAUCGUACAAAAGUGUGCACGAGUUCCUCUUGCUAUAAGGAGCAUAGGGAGUCUAUUAUACUUCAAAAAUUCAGUGGAUGAAUGGUUGUACUUUAAAAAUAAUAAGCUUCACAAAAUAACUCAACAGGAUAAUGUUAUUUUCCCAAUACUAAAGUUGAGUUAUGAUCAUCUCCCACCACACUUGAAGCAAUGUUUUGCCUUUUGUUCGCUGUUUCCAAAAGAUUCUAUAAUUGGAGUGAAGAUGUUGAUUCAGCUAUGGAUAGCGCAAGGCUUUAUUCAUUCGUCAGACAUAACAAUACGUCUCGAAGAUGUUGGUCAUGAGUAUUUUACGGAUUUACUUUGGAGGUCGUUUUUCCAAGACAUACGAAGAAAUAAAUAUGGUGAUAUAGAAAGUUGCAAAAUGCAUGACCUUAUACAUGAGCUUGCACAAUUUGUAGCUGGGAAUGAGUGCUUAUUUUCAAAUUCAGAUGCAGUAAAAGUAGUUGAAGGAACUCGCCAUGUGGUAUUCAAUUCUUUAAAUUCAGUAUGGGAUAUUUCAGCUCCCUUGCUCGAGGCAAACAGAAUUAGAACGCUUCUUCUGCGACCUCGAAGAAUUGAAUUCUUUCUGUCAAAACUUGAUUGGAAUAGGCGAGUCUAUGACACACUUAUUUCAAGUUUUAAAUGCUUGCGUGCUUUGAAUUUGAGUGGAUCAAAUAUUCAGGAAGUGCCGAAUUCCAUUGGCAAGUUAAAGCAUCUAAGAUAUCUUAAUCUUUCUUGGAAUAUGGAUAUCAAACUACUCCCCGCUUCUAUAACUAAAUUGCAGAAUUUGCAAACACUAAUACUUGACUUUUGCAGUGGGCUUAAAGAAUUGCCAAAAGACACUAGAAACUUGAUCAGCCUUAGGUAUCUUGCGCUUUAUGAGUGUCAUAGCUUGACUCAUAUGCCGCCUGGACUGGGAAAGUUGACCGCUCUCCAAAAACUGUCGUUUUACAUUUUAGGGAAGAAGGAAAGUUUUGUUCCAAAGCAAAAGGGUGGCCUAAGCGAUCUAAAUGGUUUAGGUGAGUUGAGAGGAAGCUUAUGUAUCAAGGGUUUAGAGCACUUGAGAUCUUCUCCAUUAGAAGCCAGGGCUGCAAACUUGGAGAGGAAACAAUACCUUCGAAGACUGAAAUUAGAGUGGGACCAUUAUAUAGAAGCUGGUUAUGAUAGUGAUACGGAAAUUGCAAAGGAUGAACAGUUGUUGCAAAACCUUCGGCCACACCUAAAUUUGAAAGAAUUAAUUAUAAAAGGGUAUGCAGGCGUGAGGUUUUCCAGCUGGGUCUCCUCGCUCUCGAAUUUGGUUUCACUUACCAUAAGCAAUUGUAAAUGGUGCCAACAUAUCCCACCAUUGGACCGAUUCCCUGUUCUCAAGGAUCUUUCUCUUCAGAACUUGAGUGCACUGGAGUACAUAAGCAAUGAUGCCAUUGAUGUGUCCUCUUCUUCCCUUCAAAGUCUCUCGCUUUGGAAAUUGCCUAAGUUGAGGGGAUGGUGGAGGAUGAGGGAAGCAGUAACAACAGGGAGCGAAACAACACCCUCGUCUUCCUCCCCCUUUUCCACUCUCUCCAAAUUGAAGUAUCUUGAUCUUUCUUUUUUAGAGAAACUUGAAUAUCUGCGAGAGGAGUGGCUGCAAAACCUAACUUCUCUUGAGAUUCUUAAAAUUUGGGAAUGUCCUAAACUACAAAUAUCCAUGUCUCCACUCUUUCAACAUCUCGCUGCGCUUGAAGAUAUGGAGAUUCAUAACUGCAAAGAACUUAUCAGCAAGGAGGAUGAAGAGGGCGCGCAAUGCCUUGGACCUACAAUACUUCGUCAUCUACAAAUGAAAAGCAUUACAAGCUUGGUGUCUCUCCCAAGGGAGCUUAGACAUGCUACAGCUCUACAAUGGCUUGACAUUGAGAACUGCCCUAGUUUGGUGUCUUUACCAGAGUGGAUAGCCGACCUCACUUCACUUCAGACACUUCAGAUCUUCAAUUGUAGCAAUUUAAAAUCAUUGCCUGAAGCUAUGCGCCGCCUCACCUCUUUACGGCGUCUGACAAUUUUGCAGUGUCCUGAAUUGGAGGAAAGAUGUAAAGAAGGAAUAGGCAUGGAUUGGCCAAAAAUAGCUCACAUCCCAAACUUUUCGAACAAGUGGGAUAUCAGCAAUUUAACCAACUGUAGCAUGGAACAAACCCACCAACUGUAGCAUGGAACAAACAAGGGUUUAAGAAUAGACACAUUUUCAGACCUUGCCGAAAAAUCAGAUUUGCACAAAGCUCUCAAAUUUCCAAGACAUGCAUAGAAAAGCAUCAAUUCAUGAAAUGGGUGUGAGAAUCAUUGGGGGAUUUCUGCAAUAUGCUCGGAUAUUUCAGCCUCACUUGUAAACAAAACAAUGGACACUAUACAGAGCACUUCCAUGAUGAGGAAGUUCGGGUGAGUAAAUGUUGCAAGAAUGACAGUUGUUCUACUAAACGUAUGGAAUGGAUCCGUAGCCUAAUGCACCAAUUAUUCUUCAGGAAGAAACAACAAUUUUAGCAUAGACGCUUCUUCAAACCUUGCCAACAAUCAGAUUUGUGCAAAGCUUUAAUAUUUCCAGUAAUUUUUUUUUUUUAAAUGUAAUAUAUAAUUUUGCAUUACUCUGUUAGGAUUUUCUCAUUGUCAAAUGUAGGUUGUGUUGAACAAUUUGAGGCAUAUUCUUUUCAUUAUUAUGGCUAUGGGAGCCUAACUGCAAGUAGCUCUGUUCAUGGAUGAAAUUUACACUUCCAUUA